CCCCUUCCUUUUCUUAUUAACGAAAGAUUUUAAACAAAAAUUACAAAAAUUACAAAAAUUACACUUUUUUAUACUUUUUAUUUUGAACGAGUUGAACUCAUUAUAGAUUUAAUAUGGAAAAAGCAGGAUUAAUUACUCUUAUCGUAAUAAGUAUAAUAUUAUCAUUUUUAAGUAUUGUACAUAUAAUUCGAAGAGCGAUAUCUGCACCAACAAUAUUUAUUCAUAUAAAUUGUCUUUUUGGAGCUUUGAUCAUUCUAUCAUUAAGUAUUUUAGAUAUAUUAAGAGUAGAAAAAGUUGUGGAAUUUACAAAGGACUUUUCAAGUAUAUAUUUUCUUUCUACAUCAAUAACAUUAAUCUUAUCUUGUUAUAUUUUAUUACAAGUUGGAAUUAAUUUUUAUCAAGAUUAUUCAUUUAUAAAAAAUAUAUUAAUGUUUGCACCUAUAGUAGUUACAAUGGGAGUAUUCAGUUUAUCGGUUUUAACAGCAAUUAGAAUAUUAUUAAGCGAAGAUUUUAAAUUAUCACAAUCUGAAAUUAAUUUAAAAAAUAUUACUUUUAUAUUAAGUUCAAUAUCAGGAUUAUUAAGUUUUAUUUAUGGAAUUAUUCCUUUAUUUUCAAUUAGAUAUCAAACAAGAUUAAGACCUCAACAAACUGCUAUUUCUAUAGUACAUUUCUUUAUCGUUGCAACAUUUUUUAUAGCUCAUUUUAUAGUUUACGCUAUAGUAACUUUUAAAGGUCCAAUAUUAGAUAUGAAUUAUAAUUCUAUACAAAAUAUGAUCUUAAUUUUAAUAUUUCCUGGUUGUUUAUUCGCUCCUCCGAGAAGUAUGGUUAAAUUUAUUAAAAGAAGAUUUUUAGGUGUAGAAGAAUUAGAUAUUGGUGGUGAUUAUCGUCCUAAUAUGUUACCUGAUAAUUAUACAAGUAGAAACAUCAUUUUUAAUAUGGAAAAUUAUGCGAAUAGAAACAUCAUUAAUAAUAAUAAUAUUAAUAAUAUUAAUAAUGUUGAUGAUGAUGAUAAUGAUAUUACAUUAAAUCGUAAAGUUUACAGAUUAUCAAAAUCUUUACCUCCUUUACCACCACAAAUUUCAUCAUCCCCAGUAACAAUUUCCUCUCCUACUCCUCCUCCAAGAUCAACUCCAAAUUCUGCCUCUCCAAGAAGAAAUGAAUCUCCAAAUCCUUAUUCUCGUAUUCAGAUUCAUGGUCGUUCUCAAUCUCAUACUCUUUUUCGUUCUCCAUAUCAAUUUCAAACUCAUAAAAGAAGUAAUACUACAAAUACAGUGAAUAGUUUGAAUUCUAUCGAUUCCGAUACUAGUUUUUAUUUAGCUAAAUUUUUCAACUAUCCAACGAAUGGUAGUUCUUCUAAAAACAACAACAACAACAAUAACGACAAUAAUAAUAUUAAUAUAAAUAUAAAUAAUUUAACUAGUAGACGAUAGUUAUAAUUAUUAUUAUAACUGUAUAAUAAUAAUAAUUAUAAUGACUAUUUAAUAAUUAAA